AUUUGUGAUUCUCUUCCCCUUAAUCUCUUUCCCUUUCCUUUAAUUUUCUCUUCCUUUCCAAUACCAUAAUUGAUCCAAAACCACGUCAUGCAAACACAAACACAAACUUAAACUUACAUUUAAUAUGGGAAUUUACAACAUUAAAUGUUUCCCAACUGCAGCAUCUCAUAACUGAAAUUUCAUCCAAAAAUGUGCUUCAAACCUGAAAGAUUAGAGGAACAUCAAUAACAUAGAAGUUUCAUAUUAAUCAUCUAACAAAAGCAUGGAUCAACUUUCUUCAUCUCUCAAGAAAUCAUUUAAACCUCAUAGUUCCUAUAAACAUACCAAAAAGGUAUCCGUUCCACAUGAUAUCGAGAACCAACCUAUCCUCUCUCAUCAAAGCCCCGAUACACCAUAUUCUGCUUCUUCGUCCGUCAAUUCUUCCUCGUUGACAACAAGAUCCUCCAUUGAUCUUAAUGAUCGUCGUGAAGUCAUUGUCAAGAUUGAUGGUGGAGAAAAAAUGACCACUCGGGAUGGAAGUGAACGUAACAUGUUAUGGCACGAGCCGAGUUAUGAAUUUUGGAGAGAGGAUAUGAUGAAUAGCGGGCCUCAAAACAAUGGCCCGACAAUCCAACGUGGCAUUAAAGACAUGCCCGAAGAUCCACCCUCGAAAUUAAUCGGACAGUUCUUGAAUAAACAGAGAGCUGUUGGAUGUGAAAUGACAUUGGACAUGGACUUGGAAAUGGAUGAGCUGAGGAAUCAUCCAAAACCUGAUAAUGAUAGCGCUGCUGGAUCCAGUCCACUAAAUUUUCCAUCUGUUGACAAUAACAUGAAUAACAACAUAAAUAAUCAUCGUUAUACAACGUCAAAGGAUCUAAGAGUUUCAUUUCAGGCUCCGUCACCACCUAGUAACGUGGUUGACAUCGAGCCUGACCAAGCUUAUAAUGACAAUGAAUGUUGCUCGACUGAUGAAGGUGAAACUAGCGAUGCAACACCCGAUGAACCAAAGUAUCUUAGCCGAAGAAGGACGAUGAACAUUAAUAAUCCUCCAGAUGAUAGUAAUAACAGCAACAAUACUUACUACACUCCUAAAACCAAUGGUGGUGAUAAUGAUCAGGUGCUAAGGUGCACUUCGUUUCAGAGAAGAGCGAGUGUGUUAGGAAGAGCAAAGACAAAAUCAAGACUAAUUGAUCCGCCCGAGAUACCUGAGAGGAGAUCAGGAAAAAUUGGAAAAUCAGGUCAAAUAAGAUCUGGAUUGCUAGGAAGAGCUUCUGGGAUGCUAAAGCCACCAGAGGAGGAAGACGAUGAUCCAUUAUUCGAUGAAGAUCUUCCGGAUGAAUUUAAAAAGGACAAAGUUGAUUGUUGGACCCUGUUGCAAUGGAUAAGUCUUGUUAUUAUUGUGACAGCUUUAAUAUGCACACUUGCUAUCCCUUUAUUGAAGAGGAAAGAAUUCAGGGGACUUCAUUUGUGGAAAUGGGAGGUUUUGGUUCUUGUUUUAAUAUGUGGGAGAUUGUUAUCCGGUUGGGUGAUUCGGUUAGUUGUGUUCUUCAUUGAGAGGAAUUUUCUGUUGCGAAAAAGGGUACUAUAUUUUGUUUAUGGUGUUAGAAAGCCUGUUCAGAAUUGUCUUUGGUUAGGUCUUGUUUUAAUUGCAUGGCACUUCAUGUUUGACAAGAAAGUUGAUGAGAAUAAUAAGUUUUUGGGGUAUAUUAAUAAAUUGAUGAUAUGUAUGCUAAUUGGGACAAUGUUAUGGUUAGUGAAAACUCUUAUGGUUAAAGUGCUAGCAUCUUCAUUUCAUGUUAGCACUUUCUUUGAUCGAAUUCAAGAAUCGUUGUUCAAUCAAUAUGUGAUUGAGACACUAUCAGGACCACCUUUGAUAGAAAUUCAUCGAUCUCAAGUAGAAGAGGACAGAACAUUGGCUGAAGUUUGGAAGCUGCAGAAUAUUGCAGGGGCACAGUUGCCAGCAGAACUUAGGCCCCCAAUUGCUCCUCAAUACAGUAGUAAUAAGGGCGUAAGUGUUAAUGGUGGACAAACGCCAACACCAAAACCAUCAAGAACAGUAAGCAUUUCGAUUUCUGGUAUUUCUGGUCCCUUGUCAAAAAAUCAAGAUGAACAGAACCAAGGGAUAUCAAUUGAUCAUUUGCAUAAAUUGAACCCCAAGAAUAUUUCAGCUUGGAAUAUGAAGAGAUUGAUUAAAAUAGUAAGGUAUGGGGUAAUAUCUACGCUGGAUGAGCAAAUACUGGAUACCAAAAGAGAGGAUGAGUCUACGACGCAGAUUAGAAGUGAAUAUGAGGCCAAAGUUGCAGCCAGGAAGAUAUUCCGAAACGUUGCCAAGCCUAGAUCCAAAUUCAUCUACCUGGACGACCUGAGGUGCUUCUUGCGAGAAGAAGAGGCUUUGAAGAGUAUGAAUCUUGUGGAAGGAUCACCAGACAGAGAAAAGAUCAGUAGAGCAUCACUCAAGAGCUGGGUGGUGAAUGCAUUUAGAGAACGAAGGGCACUUGCAUUGACGUUAAAUGACACGAAAACAGCUGUGAACAAACUUCAUCAGAUGGUGAAUGUUUUAGUUAGCAUCAUCAUUCUGGUUAUCUGCCUUGUAAUUUUAGGGAUAGCGACCAGCAAGUUCUUGCUCUUCGUCAGCUCUCAGGUUGUUGUUGUGGCAUUUGUUUUUGGAAACACUUGCAAAACCAUAUUUGAAUCCAUCAUCUUCUUAUUUGUGAUGCAUCCAUUUGACGUGGGCGACCGUUGUGAGGUUGAUGGAGUUCAGAUGAUUGUUGAAGAGAUGAACAUUUUAACUACCGUCUUUCUGAGAUUCGACAACCAAAAGAUAAUGUAUCCAAAUAGCACUCUUUCAACUCGACCUAUUGGCAAUUACUACCGUAGUCCUGAUAUGGGAGACUCCAUUGAUUUUACUGUCCACAUUGCUACACCAGCAGAGAAAAUUGCUGCUGUGAAACAAAGAAUAACCAGUUAUAUUGAGAGCAAGAAGGACCACUGGUAUCCCUCUCCUACAGUUGUACUGAUGAACCUGGAAGAUCUAAACAGGUUGAAAAUGUCUGUAUGGAUAAGACAUAGAAUGAACCAUCAGGAUAUGGGAGAAAGGUGGCUCAGAAGAGCUCAGUUGGUUGAGGAGAUGGUUAAAAUUUUCAAAGAGCUCGACAUUGAGUAUCGACUGUAUCCCAUUGACAUCAACGUUCGCGGUAUGCCUCCCAUUACCUCCAACAGGAUUCCCUCAACUUGGCCUACAGCUGGGAACUAAGCAAGAAAAUCUCAUCGGAAUUGGCUCGCAGAUGCUCCAAUUUCCAAAGGGGAGAGCUUCACUUUUGGUGUUCUUUUACUAGUAUAGGACAUUAAGCCACGGGGUUUUUGGUGUUGCCCUUGAUGGCCUCGACAUAAGUUGUUUUCCACUUUUAGAAGUAGAGAAGGUUAUUAUAAUUAGCAGUUUUUCCCUUCUAAGUUCUAACAUAGGCAGAUCAAGGAAUUAGGUACAAAGUACCCACUUCAUCCAGUUUGUGACAAUCAAGGUAA